AUGUCUACAUCCCAGCGACAGCGAAGCGCGCUGGAUCUCCGAAAUCGGGUGCAAUUCGGCAUGGCCACCGAAGGUCUUACUCUCGAGCAUGCCUGUAUGGAUCUUUCUACGAGCCUGCAGAAUUCAGUUAACAUACGAGCUUCGUCCGGUGUAUCCGCUUCUCCUGAUGUACCUGAUGUGUCUGAUACCCUUCUUAUCGAGCCAAUCAUACCCUUGGACCUCAAGGAGGUGGCCCAGUUCCUGGCAUGUUUCGGCUUCCUUCGUCUCUACUGCAACGGCGCAUUCAUUAUGCGCCGAGGAUCUGGAUGA